CAUACCCCACCUUACCCCAGACCCGAAGCCUGGCGGUGCCCAUGCACAGACAUCAGUAGCUCCCCGGCUGCCCCAUGACAACACCUGUCUUCCCACCCUCUCCAGAAUAACACAACUUCAACUCAUCGAUACAACUAACAGGUUCAACAUGAGUGGGACCUGGUGUGUGGGGAGGACGGUGUGGGUGCUGGCGGCGGUGGUGAGCAUGGCCGCCGCCGCCCCUCCGACACCUUCCACGCCCACCACGUCACCAACAGCGGCGCCACCACCGCCGUCGACCACGUCACCAACAGCGGCGCCACCACCGACGUCACCACCACCACCACCACCGCCGUCGACCACGUCACCAACAGCGGCGCCACCACCGACGUCACCACCACCACCACCGCCGUCGACCACGUCACCAACAGCGGCGCCACCACCGACGUCACCACCACCACCGCCGUCGACCACGUCACCAACAGCGGCGCCACCACCGACGUCGCCGCCGCCACCACCGACGUCGCCGCCGCCACCACUGACGUCGCCGCCGCCACCAGCAACAGAAGGGCCGCCACACAUCAUCAUCAUGGUGGCGGACGACCUCGGGUAUAACGACGUGUCAUGGCACAACAGUCAGGUGUUGACGCCACACCUGGAAGCCCUGGCACGCGGCGGCAUCAUCCUGGAGCAGUCAUAUGUGCAGCCCAUCUGCACCCCCACCCGCUCCGCCCUCCUCUCCUCCCGCUACCCCUUCACCAUCGGUAGACAGCACAGGGUCCUGAAGGCCUCUGAGCCCGUGGGUCUGGACCUGGAGCUGAAGCUCCUCCCGCAGGCGCUGAAGGACUCUGGCUACCAAACUCACGCCGUCGGCAAAUGGCACCUCGGGUUCUGCUCGUGGGACUACACCCCCACCAGGAGGGGCUUCGACACCUUCUACGGCUACUACAAUGGUGCUGAGGACUAUUUCACUCACCGGCGGUCCCAGCGCUUCGACGCCAGGAUGGACUCGUACUACGACCUCGACGCUGAUGAUUGCUUCGACCUCCAAGAUACCUACGAAGGAGAGGAGAAGGGGAGACGAGGUUACAGACAUAACUGGCUGGACCUGAGGUACAACACCACCCCAGACACCAGCAAGGAAGGAGUCUACUCUACGCACAUGUUCGCAUCACACGUGGAGGACCUGCUGAGGACGAGGAGCGCUGAGGACCCCAUGUUUCUAUACCUGGCCUUCCAGAGCGUCCACGCUCCUCUACAGGUGCCAGACAACUACACACGCCCCUACGCCCACAUCCACGACCACGAUCGUCGCACCUUCCUCGGUAUGGUGAGUGCCAUGGACGAGGCAGUAGGGCGGGUGGUGGCGGCACUGAGGGCCACGGGGCACUACCACAACUCCAUCAUCGUCUUCACCACCGAUAACGGUGGCCCGACCAGACACAGUGCCAACAACUGGCCACUGCGGGGCCAUAAGGCCACACUGUGGGAGGGUGGCACCCGGGGCGUGGCCUUUCUGCACUCCCCACUUCUGCCCAACCCUGGCACCGUCUCUCACCAGUUGAUACACGUCACGGACUGGUACAGGACGCUGGUGGGCGUGGCUGGGGGCGUGACACCACCUGACACGGACGGCGUGGACCAAUGGGCGUCGCUGACUGGCUCCGCCCCGCCGCCCAGGACACAUAUGGUGUACAACAUCAACAACACCACCAGCUUUCGGGCUGGGGUCAGGAAGGGAAUGUUGAAGCUGCUGGUGGGGAACCCUGGCAAAGGUCCAUGGAUAGUGCCACCGGAACACCCACUCAUCUCCGCCGGCGUCGCAGUCGACGGACUCUCCCUAAACUCCGACAGGCCAGACUACUUCACUUCACAGCCUAACCAAGUCUUUGUCGACUUACUCAACACAACCAGCACUCCGGAAGUCGAAAUAUUUACCACGGACUCACUCACUACAGACGUCGACUCAUUAAAUACCAACCUCGACUCAUUAACUACUGAAGUUUAUUCAGUGACCAAGGACGUCGACUCACUAACAACAGAUGCAGGCUCAUUAAGUGAGAACAGCUACUCUUUAACCACAGACUUCCAUUCAUUAACUACAGACUUCCACUCAUUAACCACAGACGCCGACUCAACCACGGUUGUCGACUCAACCAGUUUCGUCGAUUCCUUGACAGACUACGACUCUCUAACCACAGACUUCGAUGUCUCCAUUUCAUCAGAGGGAGAGAGCGGUGGCUCAGUCUUCGAUAUAGCCAAUAUCUCAAACAUGGACGUCGAUGUCGGCGUAGUUCGCCGUCCUUCGGUUCCUUUACCCCAGAAGAAUGAAAGUGAAGACGCCCAGAGGAUGCAAUGUGUGGAGGACGCUCAAGAAGAGGCUGGAACUAGGACUGCAAUUGACACUGUGUGGGCGUCAGAACUGGGGACGACCAUUCAGCAGCUGUCGCAGAGAGCCACUAACGAGAACGACAUCCAGAUCAGUCUUUAUAACAUCGAAGAGGACCCGGAGGAGCGGGUCAACCUAGCCUCGGAGCAGGUGGAGGUGGUGGAGGAGCUGCUUGAGUACCUCCUGGAGGAACAACGGCGAUACGUCCCCGCAGACAUCAAGCCUCAAGUGCCGGAGGCCAACCCUGCGAACUUUGGUGGUGUCUGGUCACCGGGAUGGUGCUAGUGGGCUCCGGACGACACUAGUCGCCCACCAGAAGGCUACUAGGAUGAUACUAAUAGCCUCCAGAAUGAGUCUAGUGGCCACAUGAAGGUGUCGGCAGCUACUAGGAUGAUACUAGUAGGCAGCAGGAUGGUUAUAGUUGGCCAGGCGGGUGCCGAUGUCUCCUAGGGGUGAUACUAG